AUGAGUGAAGAAGCCGACAAGUUCCCUCUUCAUACUGCCGCCAGGGAAGGAAAUGUCCUUAAGGCAGAAGGCUUGCUCAAAACGGACCCGAGGUCCUCCAGGAAGAAGGACGAUGACGGCCGGUACCCCAUCCACUGGGCCGCCUCAUCGAAUAACCUAGAAAUCGUCACACUGCUGGCUAAUCAAGCUAAUUUUGAUCCUGAUGUUCAAGACGAGAGCGGUUGGACGCCGCUCAUGAUAUCAGCCAGUGUUCCUGACAGCGAACCUGUUCUGAGAGUGUUGAUUCAGAAAGGCGCAGAAGUCAAUGAGAAAACGGCCAGACCUCUUCACUUCGUCGCAUCAAAGAAGAACAUGGAUAUAGCUCGUCUGCUUCUGGAGUCCACACCUCCGGCAUCUACACGGGUGCGUGAUCGCCGUGGGCAGUAUCCCAUCCACCGCGCGGCAGCAGUUGGUUCCGCGCCCAUGGUCACGCUGUUGCUCAAGAACAAAAGUCCACUCAACCCAACGGAUAACGAAGGGUAUACACCUCUUCAUCACGCCGUUGCGGAGGGACAUGGUGAUGUCGCUAUUGUGUUACUAAAAGAAGGUGCCGACUUCACGUUGAAGAACUCGGAAGAUGUCUUGGCUCUGGACUUGGCGCCAGAUAAAGAGGUUCGCCGCUACAUCAUGCAAGGCGCUGAGCGCGAAGGGAUCGAACUGGCUCCGUAG